CGGGCCGCCCGCUCGGCAGCAUGAGUCAGCAGCGGCCGGCGCGUAGACUGCCCAGCCUUCUCGUGGACCCGGCGGAAGAGACCGUCCGCCGCCGCUGCCGGGACCCCAUCAACGUGGAGAGCCUGCUGCCAUCAAAAAUAAGGAUUAAUUUAGAAGAUAAUGUACAAUAUGUGUCCAUGAGAAAAGCUCUAAAAGUGAAGAGACCUCGUUUUGAUGUAUCACUGGUUUAUUUAACUCGAAAAUUUAUGGAUCUUGUCAGAUCUGCUCCUGGGGGCAUUCUUGACUUAAACAAGGUAGCAACAAAACUGGGUGUACGAAAACGGAGAGUGUACGACAUCACCAAUGUCUUAGAUGGAAUUGAACUUGUUGAAAAAAAAUCGAAGAACCACAUUCGGUGGAUAGGAUCUGACCUUAACAAUUUUGGAGCAGUACCCCAGCAAAAGAAGCUGCAAGAGGAACUUUCUGACUUGUCAGCAAUGGAAGAUGCUUUGGAUGAGCUAAUAAAGGAUUGUGCUCAGCAGUUGUUUGAGUUAACAGAUGACAAAGAAAAUGAAAGACUGGCAUAUGUGACUUACCAGGAUAUUCAUAGCAUUCAAGCCUUCCAUGAACAGAUUGUUAUUGCAGUUAAGGCUCCAGAGGAAACCAGACUGGAUGUUCCAGCUCCCAGAGAAGACUCUAUAACGGUACAUAUAAGGAGCACCAAAGGACCCAUUGAUGUGUAUUUGUGUGAAGUGGAAGAGAACCACUCUAAUGGUAAAACAUCUGAUGGAGUAGGAACCUCUUUGUCUAAGAGCAAACAUCCAGAAUCCCCUGAGAAAGAAGAAAAUCCUCAGUAAAGUGAAGAGUUGCUUGAAGUGAACAACUAUGAUAGCAUUUGAGGAAUGGAUCGAGGAGUUUUGUUUUAGAACAUCCUAUGUGGAUGGAUUACGCAUCAUUUGAUUCUUGGAGCAAUAAAUCAUCCACGAAGUGCUCUCAUGCUCACUUAGCAGCAGCAUUAAGGCCAGUAGUGUCUUUGAGUAGCUCCCUACGUAGAUUGCUGGAUAAUUAUGGUUUCUGCAUUCAUAAACAACUCUUUCUGUAAUUAGUCACUGCUUUUUAUCAGUGAAAUAGAUAUCUCGCCUCUUGAAGGAACUUUUAUCACAGAGUAUCUCGGAAACAGAUGGUCAUGCCCGGCCUGGACAGUUCUUUGUGGGCCCUUUCCUUCCCUAAAGGAUUAUAUCAUGCAUUACAAAAGAAAUUGCCUUACACUGGUUCACAUUUGCAGUUAAAGUGUUGUGCAUUGGCUAGGUGUGCACACAGAUCUAAAUGUGAUGUCUUUGUACAUAUCUGUAUAAUGUUUAGAUUACUUAUGAAAUGUCUUAAGUGACACGUUUCACCCUUGUACAGCCAGAAUAAUGUAUAUAUGGAAAGUGACAGACAAAUGCUCUAAUUUCUUUGGUAUCUAUAACUUAUUAGAAUCCUCUGGAUGAGGGUUAGAGGAGAGUUUUCCCAAACUUCUACAUGUAGAAGUAUCACGAAUGUGCUAUACAUUUAAGUUCAUUGAUUCAGUUAAGUUCAUUCAAUUAAUAUGCUUCUCAGCACUAAAAUUGGGAUCAAUACUUCUUGAUUUCAAGCUGCCUAUAGUUGCUGUGUCCCAGCAGACUGGUGGCAUGUCCUAAGGCUUUUGAGAUUAGUAUAGAAAUGCCAUCAGGUAAUGGAUUAAUUAAUUCACUGAGACGUGAGUUCAGUCAUGCUGAAAUUGGAACCGUGUUAAGCUUUUUACAUGCAGCUUUUGUAAUGUGUUUCUGUAUGCAGCCUUGCUCCUCAGUCAGAGGGGUUUUACUUACCAUGAAUUGUACCCUGCCCUCUCCCGUUCUAGUCCCGCCUUCCCAAGCACCUAGCUAUUUCUACCUCAGUGGGUAAGUCAUUUACCACUCUGUGCCUCAGUUUACUCGGUAGUUUACCAUUAGACUGUGAGCUCCUUGAGAGACUUUGUCAUCAUCAUUGUUCUAUCUCAGCACCUUGUACCAUGCCUAGCCCAUAAAAAGUGCUCAAUAAAUGUCUGGUGAAACAGUGAAUGAUUGUAAAAUGAGACUGGUACAACCUGGCUUGUCUAUCAAACAGGAUUCUUGUGAGCAUCAUUUGAACUCAUUUUUUAAACUUCUUGCUUUUGAAGAAAGAUUUGGAACAACUUGAAAUCAAGACCAUGUAUAAAAAGAUUUAAAAUAGGGAUCCAAAGUGAAAAUAUUAAAAAAUAAUUCUGAGUGUUUUGAUUCACAUAGUUUGAGCUCUAGCAGCUUUUGUCAGUCCUGCCCUCUACUAGACACCAGCUCCUCCCCCAGUCCCCACUGGUUUAUUCUUAGAUGCCUGGACCUGCUGCUAACCAGUGGUUAGCCUCCAGGCAUUUCCUCCCUCUUUUAUGCAAAUAGUUGUAAUUUGAAAUCAGCCAAAGACAAGCUGCUUUCCUCACUGGAUUACUUGGCAUAUGGGUGUGCUUUGACAAGACAGGGAAUACAAGAGGAGCACCAGGUGGGAUGAAAAUUAAGUUUUGGACUUGCUUGAUGAAUGCACCCUUCUGCAGGUAACUGUCUAGAGGUCAGGUGCUCCUGGAGAGCUUUGCACUUUAAAGGGUAGAUUUGGCACAUGACAGAUAGGUGAUAUGAGGGUAGAUGAGGUCAUCUUAAUGAACUACAGCAGAAGAGGAGAGGCCCAAGAACAGCUUUGUUUAGGGGGAUGGAGAAGAAGGAGCCUCUCUUGAGAAGGAGUAAUGAAAGGAGAAAAACUAAAAGAAGUUAGUGUCCCCAAAACCAAGGAAACAUUGCCAAAGGUGAGCAGCAAUUCCUGACUUGUGAUAUGUGACGAAUGUUCUGCUUUGCACGUUGUUCUUAGGGUAAAAUGAAAUUUUGUCAGCUAAAACCCUUUGUAAGUUGUAAAUGUGUUAUAAAUGCAGUAUCUCCUUCACUACAUCUUCUGGAUGUUUGGCCUCUUGUUUUUAGAAUUGAUAAAAUAAAUGUCUAGUGAACUAGUUUCCCAGCCCUUCCUCCUCACUGCACCACUCUCCAUGUAUACACUACUGACUUCUGGUGACUGGGGUAACUCUCUAAAGAGUUCUGAAGAAGGCUGAGUACAGUGACUCACACUUGUAUACUCAGGAGACCAAGAUCAGGAAAAUUGCACUUUAAGGUUGGCCCUGGCAAAAAGUUAGUGAGAUCCAUCUCAAUUGAUAAGCCAGAUGUGAUGGCAUGCUUCUGUUAUCCCAGCUAUGCAGGAAGACAUAGGAGGAUCAGGGUUGGAGUCUGACCCAGUCAAAAAUUCUAGUCCUUACCUGAAAAAUAAUU